GCGCAAUCCUACACUCUUCAAGUACCUUGCGCCUUAUUGGGCGAUCUCGUAAUUGCAUUCUGGCACCACAAUGAACGCAGGCAUUGGCCGCAUCGUUCUGCAAAUGCAUGGAUCUGAAGCUAGCUUCUCCGAGCUGUCAUCCACGUACCCUCUGAAGUUGCUAUCUCCCCGAAUUGAGCAACGGAACGUUUCUGUAGUAUAUGUCAUGACAUAUGGAGGCGGGCUUGUUGGAGGAGAUCGCAUCGACCUCUCGGUAGACGUAAAGGCUGGUGCAACUCUUGUCAUGCUAUCUCAGGGCUCUACCAAGGUAUUCAAGACUCGACCGGGACAGCGGCCCUCAGCGCGUUCACAAGGGACGCCCUCCGACGCGAUCACGACGCAAGUCAUGAAUGUCACGAUCGAGGACGGAGGCGCACUCUUUCAACUUCCCGAUCCAGUGACCUGCUUCCGUUCAGCCAAAUAUAAUCAACUCCAGAUAUUUCGUAUCAAGGGCAACGCUUCAGCAGUCAUUCUGGAUUCUGUGACGUCUGGUCGGCGAGCACUAGGGGAGGAAUGGGUCUUCGCCAGGUAUCACAGCAUGAACGAAAUCUGGGUCGACGAGGAGCGGAUCGCAAAAGACGUCAUGCUGUUGGAGGAACAGGAUUCUGCCAGCUCUAUGUUGGCGCCUCGAACGCUUGCGGACACCCUCCGCCCCUAUUCAUGCUACGCCACCGUUAUCAUGUACGGACCACUGGUACAGGAUACCAUCCAACGUCUGUCUGCGGAAUACGCAAAAAUCAUUGUUUUCAGGCACGCCUUGCCUCCAGAUCUGUUGUGGUCCUUCAGCCCGCUCAAAAACGGCCGGGGUUGCAUAUUACGGCUAGCAGCAAAGGAGACCGAGGAUAUCAGGACCUGGCUUGGCGAGCAACUCACAGCGUUCCAGGGCAUAGUGGGCUGCGAUGUUUAUCGCAAGGCCGUUGGCUAAUUGAAUAGCAUCAGCCUUGGAUA